GUCCCUCUCUGUGUUUGCAGAAAUGUUUGAGAAGGUCAAUGUCACACUCAGCACAGAGUUGGAGCCAGAUUACAAUGACACUGACACUGGCACGGAGACAGAUGACUACGAAGAGGAGGAGGACAAGGGAGAAGAGGACGAGGAUGAAGAGGAUACAGGGGAGGCCAACUUCGGGAACAGGACGUACGUGACCUCUAUCAUCAAUUCCCUCAAUCUGUUCAAGCCUCUGCCAGAUGGUGAGACAGUGCCUGAAUCUAACUCUCCAAAUACUACAACCGCUGAGCCAACGACUACCACAACUACAAGCACCCCUCCUCCUAUUACUACUACUACUACCUCUACAACCACUACUAGAGCUACUACAACUACCCUGCCUCCCACGACUACAAAAGAACCAGAUUUGAAUAUCCCCCCUGUUCCGACGACAUGCCCACCCCACUUCACACUCAUAGCCAAAGGAUGCUACAUGAUCAUUUCUGACACACGCCACUGGAGCUCAUGGGGAAGAGCGCAUGCUUUUUGCCAACAGUUCGACGGAGGGCUUGCGCAGCCUUAUAGAUUUGGGGCACUACAGAAGUACCUGUCGCGCCACUACUCCGACACAUUCUGGGUGGGAGCACACAAGCCAGGAAUGAAGUUUCUCUGGCUUAAUAACAGGAAAGUUGGACGGAAGGUGUGGAAGCAGGGGCAACCCUCAAAGCAUCCCAAGAAGAACUGUGUUUAUUUGGACAGAUGGUCAGGCUAUCAAGCAAGCAAUCAUUUCUGUGGUGAAAAAUACCCCUUCAUUUGUGAGGCCACUGAGGUGCAACUAUGAAGAAAAAAAAGUUAAUCAUCUGCAAGUAAAAAGAAAAGUCAGUCAUUGCACUUCAAAGCUUCCACUGUAGACUUAUUUUGUUACCAAAUAAAAAAAUAAAGCCUAUUUCUUUAGGUUAAUUCA